AUGCAUUCUGCUUUCUUCCUUCUCGUGUACCUCCUCUACUCCCUGCAUGCUCCUGCCUGUUCUGCAACAACAGAUUCCAUUUCAGCCGGUGAGGCGCUCAUUGGAGACGCCAAGCUUGUCUCCAGCAAUGGCAGGUAUGCGCUUGGCUUCUUCCAUCCAGGCAGUAAAUCCUCUGUUCGGCACACUCCCAAGCACUGGUACCUAGGAAUAUGGUUCGACAAGGUCUCCCAGUUAACUCCAAUAUGGGUAGCAAAUAGGGAGAGCCCAGUUAUAGGUCAUCACAGAAUGACAAAGCUCGCUACCUUUGAGGACGGCAACCUUGCCAUCUUCAACCAAGCCACCAAAUCGGUGGUUUGGUCGACCCAUGCUAGUAUAACAGCCAAGAACUCUACGGCGGUGCUCCUGGACAAUGGAAACCUUGUCUUAAGGGACGCAACCAACUCCUCCAACAUCUUAUGGCAGAGCUUUGACUACCCUACAGAUAUCAUGCCCCCUGGUGCAAAGUUUGGCAUAGACAAGACCACCGGUCUGAACCGGCGUGUUGUUUCCAAGAGGAGCAUGAUUGACCCAUCUCCCGGCCGCUAUUGUCAGGAAUUAGAUCCUACUGGGGCUCCCCAAUUUGUCUUCAAAAUAUGUAACACGUCCAUAGUGUAUUGGUCUACUGGGGAAUGGAACGGCCAAUACUUCAACGCAAUGCCUGAAAUGUCAGGGCGCACUCUGUUUGACUACAAGUUUAUCAACAACGACAAAGAGGAGUACUUCCAAUCCAUAUUACUAGAGAAAGACUUAAUAUCUAUUAGUAUUUUGGACAUAUCUGGUCAGAACAAGCUGCUUAUAUGGCUUGAGGACAAGCAAGAAUGGACACCAAUUUACACCCAACCUAAAGAUUUAUGUGAUAUAUAUGCUACUUGUGGACCAUUCACUAUUUGCAACAGCAAUGCACCUUCACCAUGCGAUUGCAUGAGGGGAUUCUCAUUAAGGUCACCUGAGGACUGGGAGCAAGAGGAUCAUACCGGUGGUUGCACAAGAAAUACACCAUUGGAUUGCAGCACCAGGAACCAUAGUGGAGCUAAAACGACAGAUAAGUUCUACCCAUUGCCUGAUGCAACACUGCCUACAAAAGGUGACAUUAUUGGUUCUGUUGGGAGCACAGAACAAUGCGAACAAGCAUGCCUGAAUAACUGCUCUUGCUCUGCAUAUGCCUAUUCUAGUGGUGACAGAUGCUCCCUAUGGCAUGACGACUUGUUAAACAUAAGAAGCUAUACCAAUGGAACCACCGAUGAUGGGGGAAUUCUGUACCUUCGCAUUGCUGCAAAAGAUGCAUAUAAUUGGAGAAAUAGUAAGAGAUCAAAAGGAAAGAUCAUUGGGGCUAUCAUCGCUGCAAGUGUUGUAGUUCUGAGUAUGUUAUCAGCUUUUUUCAUGUGGAUGACCUUGAGGGAACGAUCUUUUAGCAUAUCGAAUGAUGUUCAUGGUGGAAAUGGAAUUAUUGCUUUUAGGUACACUGAUCUUCAAAAUGCAACUAAAAAUUUCUCUGAGAGAAUAGGGAGUGGUGGUUUUGGAUCUGUGUUCAAAGGGCUUUUAACUGACUCGACAGCUGUUGCAGUGAAGAGGCUUGAUGGUGUCCGUCAAGGAGAGAAGCAGUUUAGGGCUGAAGUGAGUUCCAUAGGAAUCAUCCAACAUAUCAAUUUGAUCAAGCUAAUUGGCUUCUGUUGUGAAAGGGAUAGGAGGCUGCUUGUGUAUGAGCACAUGCCAAAUUGCUCCCUUGAUGCACAUAUUUUUGAUAGCCAUACAACGGUCCUAAAUUGGAGCACCCGUUACCAGAUAGCUCUUGGAGUAGCAAGAGGGUUGGCGUAUUUGCAUGAGAGUUGCAGGGAUUGCAUCAUACACUGUGAUAUUAAGCCAGAGAACAUACUUCUUGAUGCAUCAUUCAUACCUAAAAUCGCAGACUUUGGGAUGGCAAAAUUUUUAGGAAGGGAAUUUAGCAGGGUUAUAACUACUAUGAGAGGAACUGCAGGGUAUCUCGCACCCGAAUGGAUCAGCGGAGUGGCAAUUACAUCAAAAGUGGAUGUCUAUAGCUACGGGAUGGUGCUGAUUGACAUUAUAUCAGGAAGGAGAAACACAUGUAAAGAAAAUACUAGUGAUGAUGUCCAUGUUGCAUGUUUCCCAGUGGAGGUAGCAAGUAAACUCCUGAAUGGAGAUAUUGGGAGUUUGUUGGAUGUCCAGUUAUCUGGUCAUGCUAACUUGGAUGAGGCUGAGAGAGUAUGCAAGGUGGCUUGCUGGUGUAUCCAGGAAGAGGAGUCAGAUCGGCCAACCAUGGGUGAAGUAGUACAAAUUCUUGAGGGUUUGUUGGAAAUUGAUAUACCGCCAAUGCCAAGAUUUCUUCAAGCUAUCACAGGAAGGUCACACUAG